UCAGAUCAAGUCUUAACCUUUUAAUUUAUCGAAGAACUCUGAUUAUAUACUCCAUAAACAACACUCUGCAUCCCCAACAGAUAUUCUUCUAGCACAUCCACAUCCACAUCAUUAACCGUAUUCCAUAUCAUCAAUCACCAAUUUACACACGACCACCACCAUGAAUUCCUCCUCCGUCAAUAAUACUCCUUCUCGACCCACAGCCUCCUCCAGACCCAACAGCAAUAAAAAAGCCUCUGGAACUUCUGCUUCUGCUUCUAGUUCUAAAACCUCUACUUUCGCCCGUCUGAAACAAGAUCAGCAAGCAAGGAACAAGGAACCUGACGAUAUUGAUUACGAAGAAUCACCGUCGGAUGAUGAAUUGUCGGGAAGGAAUUAUGACUUGUAUGUGUCUUUUUUAUCUUCAUUUUUUUGAACAGAGAUAUGCUUGAUCGUUCGGUGGGAGUUUAGUGUUGGAGCAAGGGGCAUCUUGAGGGUAUGAGGAUAGAACGAGCAAUAAAUAAGAUAUGAAUGAGAAGAUGAGGAGAUAUGUUCCAAGCUAAUACAUUCGACUGAUCCCCAGAUUCGGAAAUGAAUCCUAUACCAGCCUCAUAAUACGGAGAGAAGCCAUAGCCGUACUUGAUAACCCGGAAUUAUUAAUGAUGCACGCACAAGCUAGGAAUGACGUACGUCUUCCUCCCUACCCUCUUCAAUCAAUCUAACUCCUCACAGUCUAUCCCCCAAACUCGUCUACACUUCAUCCAACUUUUAUCCGGAAACCCACCCACUCCAGCUCAAGAAAGGGAAGCUGCUGAACGCCGCCUAGCUCAGCUAAAAAGGCUCGCUAAAAAGCGUGAGUUGGCUGAUGCUGGGAUGAUUGAAAAAGAUCCGGGCUCGAGUUCGAGAAGUGGUGCUGCUACUGCCAGUUAAUUUAUUCAAUUUGGAGAUCCUCCCUUCACAUUUUUGGAAGCUAUAAAUAAAGGGGAUGAAGUGGACUCCAUAUAGUUCAGGACAAAUAAAGUGUAUGUAUGCGAAUAUGGGCUGAUGAUUUAUCUAUGAUUUAACAGGAUUCAUGGGAUCGAAUACAUCAAAAGUCAAGGCGGAACAAGCUGGAGCCGGAGUCGAUGAUAUCUGGCGAAAAUUUGACCUCAGAUUCAGACAUGGUAUUCCUCCCCCGGCGUGAGGCCACGAAAGAGUAGGAUAGGAUAAAACAGGACAGAACAGGGCAGAAGUGUACAUAAGUUUUACUUCUUCCAAGUAUUUGAUAUUCGAUUCAGGGGCUUGAUGCACAGCAUGAUUUUAGGUAGUAAGGAUAGGAUAUGACGAGAUGGAUUGCAGGUGUGAAUGUUUAACCCUGGUUGAGAGCAUAGAAGCAAAAAUACAAUCUCAUUUGAGGAAUUGGCUCUCUCUAGAUGCUGGUUUGACUGCUGCUGAUAUUGCCUUGGAUUUAUACCUUCUUUAUACCCCAUGAACGUUAUGUUCAUGGUAAGGAAUUGGGAUCAUGAAACUAGAA